AUGAUGUUUCUACGCUGCAUGCAACUUUCCUAUGCGAGUGGCCUGUUGCAACGUGUGUCUGGCUGCUGGCGGGACGUCUGGUUCCGUCCUGAUGCUGAGCGGACGGAUGGUCUUCGCCGGUGUGAAGGGUUGAGGUUCCAGCGAGGCAUGGAGAAGUACGGGUAUGCCUUGGUUUUGGAGAAGGUUGACUGGGAUGCAAUGGCUUUCCGCCAGCCCUCCGCGCAGUACAUGAUGUUCAACAGCCCUUCUCUGCAGGCAGCCUUCCAUACGCGGUAUGGGCAGAUCCGAGACGUCCGCCUCGACUUCCUACGGGUGUAUCAGGCACACCACUGGAUGGAGGAAUUUAGCUCUAUUUCUCCCUGUCUAGAUCUUCUCGAAGAUUUCCUCCGACAACUUUCCUUCUGCGCGUUUCGGAAAGAUGUCUUGUUACAUGUGAAGCGACUGUUACACACGGACCACGUAUUGUCGCUGAGAAAACUAGCUCUGGUUGCGGCCUCAUUUCAAUUCCCUCGGGCUUUCAAAAUGUCGGCGAUGCUUCCAUGGUGA